ACAACGGAGCCAACAUGGACCCCGGUGGUUUGAGUCGGACCUGUGUCCUCGUCGUCGUCUCCGUUUGUGUGUGUCUCGCUAUGGGCAGUCCUAUAGGUAAUUCAACCAUAAAUUGCGAUACAGGCGGGAAUAAAGAUUUGGGUGCAGUGAAUGACGGAUAUACCGGGGACGUGGAGGUGGUCGAUGGUAUCAAAGCAGGAAGUGGUGUCAAGCUGGUGCCCUACAUCUUCGCCGCCCACCUGGAGUUUCUGGAGCUGAGCUUUACGCUCGGACAAACCAGUGCGACCGUUCGCACCAAGAAGCCGCUGGACGCAGACGAACUGGCAGCUACCGACAGCACCUUGUACUAUUCUAUCAUGUGUGAUGGACUGAUUAAGUACAACAACACCCGGACGCUGAAAAUCAAUGACGUCAAUGACAAGAGGCCAGUAUUUACGCAGAAGCUCUACAACAUCAGUGUCUCUGAGACACAACGCGUGGACACUGAGGUUCUUCGAGUGACGGCUGUGGACGCCGACAGCUCCACGGAAAACAACAGAGUGACAUAUUCCAUGGUACCGGCUUCGGAGGAUUUCGUGGUGACCAGCUCAGGGGUUUUUAUUCUGAAGAGACGCUUGAACUACAAUGUAGUCCAACAGUACAACUUCACUGUGACAGCGCAGGAUAAAUUCGGGUUGAAUGACACGGCCACUGCGCUGAUUGACGUGGAGGACUUUGACAACCUGAACCCCUAUUUCGGCCACAACCUGUACCAGGCUUCUAUUCCAGAGAAUCGGGUAGGGGUUUUCGGUGCCAUUCAGCCAGAGGCGAUAAAGGCCCAGGACGGAGACAAAGGGAUCAACGUGACCGUGACCUACAGCAUCAGCGCAGUGUCGCCGGACGAUUAUCGGAGAAACUUUGACAUCGACCCCUGGAGUGGGGCUCUGUCUGCGGUGAUCGCCUUCGACAGGGAGCAGAUGAACAGCAGCGUGAUCUCCGUCAGCAUCGAGGCAGCCCAGACAGACGACGGCUUGAAGACAGCUGCCGCCGUGGUGUCCGUCACCGUUGAGGAUGUGAAUGAUAACAUCCCAGAGUUUGACCAGCCCGACUACUCCGUAACACUUUUGGAAAACUCUCCAGUUAAUGCUGUUCUGUUUAAACCCAUCGUCACUGACCUGGACCAGGGAGGAUUCGUGGGAACUUUGCGGAUCCUUCCGGAAUCUGCCCCUUUCUCUAUCGGCUCUGAUGGGACAGUCAGAGUGAAAAACUCCACGGCGCUGGACAGAGAGACCAUUGAAAGCAUCACCUUUCAGGUCGAAGCGAGGGAGACAAAUCCACCCAACAAUGUUGUAAUUGCACGGGUCAGUGUGACUCUCCUGGAUGAGAACGACAACAGUCCUGAAUUCACCAGCAGCAUAUACGAGGGAACAGUGUUUGCAAAUCAGACAGGGGGAAUUGUGCUUGUCCAGGUUAAGGCGGAGGAUCCGGAUGCUGACGUAAACGGGCAGAUAAAAUACUCUAUUGACUUUGGGAACAACGAUGGCUACUUCUCAAUUGAUGAAAACACUGGAGAGAUCUCACUGGCUAAAACCAUUCCCCUGGUGGAAAACGUGAUGUUGGAGUUCCCUCUCUACGUAACAGCCAGAGAUGGGGGAAUCAUAUCCCGCUCCUCUUCAACACAGGUGAUAAUUCGUGCUCCUGGUGACUCAAAACCUCAGUUCUUACAAAACCCCUACUAUGGCACCGUAGCAGAAGAGCAAGCCCCAGGAGUUGUGAUUCUUAGGGUUAACUUCCACGCAAUUACUGCUGAGACUCCUGCUACUCUCCGAGUUGAGACGGAGGCCGACAAGUUUGCCAUCUCCCCCAGUGGUGAAUUCACCACAAAGGUGAAGCUCGACUACGACGAAGGCCCGCACAACUACUCUGUGGAGAUCUCCAUCUCUGAUGGGUCCAACAGUGACAGUGCAGUCGUAGAGGUCCAGGUCACUGACGUCAACGAUAACAGUCCUGUGUUUGCCUCCAGUCCUGUCACAAAAUCAGUCCCGGAGGACGCAGACGUAGGAUCCAAUGUCACUGUUGUUCCAGCAGCAGACAAAGACAGCAGCUUCAAUAAAGAGAUAAGAUACUCGUUGAGAGGAGGAGAGGGGAGGUUCUCUAUUGAUCCUGUGUCUGGGAUGGUUAGUGUGGCCGGUGCACUUGAUAGAGAGACCAAGGCUGAGUACAGCAUGCUGGUAGUGGCUGAAGAUCAGGGUCGUCCGGCCAGGUCGGCCACAGCCGCCCUACUGGUCCAAGUGUCCGACAUCAACGAUAACGUCCCAGAGUUUUCCAAGGCUGAGUAUCAGGUCGAAGUCUCCGAGGCAGAGUCGGUGGGUACAAGCUUGCUCACAUUAUCAGCUGUAGACCCCGAUGAAGGAGCAAAUGGGCGAGUUACUUACAGCAUUUUCCAGCAAGUUCCCUCGUCAGACCCUGCUGUUUUUGAGUUGGACUCUUCCAGCGGGACUCUGCGGCUGGUCCAGCCUCUGGACUAUAGUGAGGUGAAGGUGUACAGUCUGAUGGUUCGGGCCUCUGACGGGGGGACUCCCUCUCUGGUUGGGAACGGCUCUGUGGUGGUGAAGGUGGAGGACGUGAACAACAACCCACCCGAGUUCAGUAAGGAAAGCUACGACGUGGCUGUCUCUGAGAACCUGGCCAGCGGUGCCUCCAUCCUGACCCUGGAGGUCACUGACAGGGAUGAGGGUGGAUUCUCCAAUGGUUAUUUCCUCUACAGCAACGAUACCUUUGACAUUAACAAGCAAGGGGUGGUCUCACUGAGGAAGGACGUCACCUUGGACAGAGAGAAAACGGACAGCUACAUAUUACAGGUCGUGGCGGUGGAUCAGGCGGCUGAUGGUCUGAGAGCCACGGCUCAGCUCAACAUCACCGUCCUGGACUACAACGACAACGCCCCACAGUUCCCAGUAAUCCCAGACCCCCUGCAGAUCCCUGAGGGAGACUACUCCGAGGAAAACCCAGGAGAGAUUUUCACUAUCGUGCCCACGGACGCUGACCUCGGCCUCAACGGCGAGGUCGCUCUCUCCCUCAUCUACCCUCACCCACUCUUCAGGUUCAGAGAGGAUGGGACUUUGCUGGCUGUGGGUCCUCUGGAUCGGGAGAGCAGGGAAACCUACGACCUGCUUGUUAAGGCUUCAGACAAAGGCAGCCCACAGAGAGAGGUACCUUUCUAUACAGGAAGUUCUCCAUAUUUGGCCUUAAACAGUGAGACCGGGGAAGUGGUGUUGACCUCUGACAUCGCCAACGUCACAGUGGACACCACGCUGGAGCUGACAGCCAUGGCCAAAGACCACGGCCGGCCUCCGCUGAACUCCACAGCUCGCGUCGUGGUGAAUCUGAGGAUUGUCAGUCUGGUGGAGGGCGUGUUUCGAGAGCUCCUCCUACAACUUCAGCCUACCUGA